AUGCACGCGCCCGAGUCCAUGGAGCCGCAGGUCCUGCCGUGCCCCCAGCGCAGCAACCACAGCUGGAAGGACUGCCCCUUCCACCACGCCGGCGAGAAGGCGCGCCGCCGUUCCCUUGAGGCCCACAGCUACAGCGCCGAGAUGUGCCCAAACGCGCGCCGCGGCGACCCCUGCCCGCUGCAGGACUCGUGCCCCUACCUGUGCACCGAGGGGCGCGCCUGCCAGCGCAAAGUGUGCUUCUUCGCCCAUGACACCUCUGAGCUCAGGCAGCCGGGAGCCGCACAGGACAUGGGCACGCACAGCUGCUCGCUGCCGGCCAACAGCGCCGCGCCGAGCCACGCCGUGCCCGCUUCGUCGGCGGCGCUGCAGCUGUCGGCUGUGCUGCGACGACCGAUGAGCAACGUGGACACACUGGUGGAUUUCCAGCCACAGCUGCUGCAGCAGACGCAGUAUCUGCCGCAGACACAGCAGCAGCAGCAGCAGCAGCAGCAGCAGCAGCAGCAGCAGCAGCAGCAGCAGCAGCAGCAACAGCAGCAGCAGCAGCAGCAGCAGCCGCCCCAGCAGCAGCAGUCCCAGCAGUCGCUACUGAUGUUCCAGCAGCAGGAAGUCGCCGCGGCGCUUGCGGCGCCAGAGCUAUGCCCACCGCAGGUGGCGCCGCAGCCCGCUGCCUGGCUUGUCCCUCUUGGCAGCAUUACUGCCAGCCACGGCUGCGGACAGCCGCUGACCAGCACACUGGCUGGGCCCCAGGGGACGGCUUGCCAGCUGCGCGACCCCAGCAGCGAUGGCGGCAGUGUUGUCAGCGGCAGUUGUGUGGUUGGCGGCAGCGUCCGCAGCUUCAGCACGGGCAGCCCUUUGCCGGCUGUGCACACUGGUGCGCCAGGGAGUGUGGUGUACGCACUUCUGCAGGACGUCAACACCAGCAGCCGCAGCGCCACGGCUUCGACCCUGCAGGCAGACGUCACUGCGCGCCAGGCGGCUGGGGCCCCCAUGGUGUUUGCAUCCCCCCACGAGCUCAUGAGGCACGGUGCUGUGCCUGCACAGCAGGCGCUGGCCACGCCCGACCCUGAUGCCUGGGCAGCGUCAGACGAGGUGCUGUUGUUCCCGUGCAGCCUGGUGGACCUCAACGGCGUCCUGGGUCCACCAGCCGUGCCCAAACACCUGGCACCUGCUGUGGGCUUUGGGGUGCAGCAGCAUACACCCCCGCCGCAGCAGCUGCAGGCGGCGCAGCAGCUGCAGGCGGCGCAGCAGCUGCAGGCGGCGCAGCAGCAGCUGCAGCAGCUGCAGCAGCUUCAACAGCAGCAGGAGCUGCAGGAGCUGCAACAGCAGCAGGAGCGGCAGCUGCAACAGCAACAGCAACAGCAGCAGUGGCUUGCAGAGAUUUUACAAACACAGUCGAUGUACGGUGGCUGCGAGUUGCCGACGCCCACCGGCGUCAGGGGCGCUGUCGCAGCGCCCCUGGGCCCAGUGGUCUGGUCAGAUGUUGGCUCGUACUUGUGA